AUGGGUGCCUUUCUUGGACGACAACGGCAGUCUCCCGAUGAAGAUAUCGAGUCUCCGGUGUUCUGCUACAAGUAUCCGCCAAAAACAGGUUCCUAUUUCGGAACGCAUUUCAUGUUGGGCGAUGAGCGGUUCGAAACAAUGCAGCCGGAGUCGUUUCUGUUCGGCGAGAACUGCGACCUGAACUUCCUUGGAAGUAAGCCCGUUCAGUUCCCGUAUUUGCCGAGGGUGGUUGCUCGGCCUUUAAACUGUCUGAUAGCUAUUCGUCGGGAUUCGCUUAAAUUCGUCAGGGUUUCGAGCGAAGGAGACUCCCAGGAUGAAAGCUCCGAUUUCUCUUGUCAAUACAACAUCGAGUUCGUUUUCGAUUGCGACGUGCCGUGCACCAUCACCAUUUAUUACUUCGCUACGGAAAUAAUUACUUCCAAAGGACUGAGUUACGUGUCAGCUCACCCGGACAUGACGUCUAGUCCUUACCGAUAUGACGUGGGAUGCAACCAGCUGUUUUGUCAUCCUGAGCAUUUUUUUAAUCCACCAGACUAUAAGCCAGAAGAGAUGAACUACGAUCCAAAUCUGGAGAUCAUACCUGUUGUGAUUCACUGCGUAGAAGAAACAGAAAAUCACUCAGCACCGCAGUCACAUUCGACCUUCGCAACCAUAGAACGAUCGACCGAAGAGCAUUCUCUGAUUCUUAAGCCGUUGAAGCAGAAGCUAUUUAUCGACAAUGUCUGCUACUUGCUUCAGGAGGUCUAUGGAGUAGAAAAUAAAAGCCAGACGGGUUCGAUGGACGUAGCGACUACCAGUAACGAUUUUGACGAGAGUGGCGUCGAAUGCGUGGUUUGCAUGUCGGAAUGGCGCGACACGCUGAUAUUGCCGUGUAGGCACUUAUGUCUGUGUAAUAUCUGCGCCGAAACAUUACGUUACAAGGCCAGCAACUGUCCAAUAUGUCGCUCACCGUUUCGAGCUCUUUUACAGAUCAAAAGCGUGCGUAAGCUGAGACCAUCUUCAGCACCAAUGCUCUCCCUUUCAGAAAACGCAGAAAAGGUAUAUGAUGCUAAUAUACUAGCUUUCUCUACUCAUAAAUCCAGAAUAUAAUG